CAUAAAGAUCGUUACCACACAUAAGCGAUAAUUCCUGUGAAAUAAAUGUUAUAGGCGAAUUUACUAAAGUUCAAGUUCAAUGUAUAACUUAAGUUCAAAGUCUCUGGCGGUCUGUUGGUCACCUUGAGAAAUGAAUCGACUUGCACGCAUACCCCUUCUGAUUCAAGGACAAGUGAGAUGUAUGAAUAAAAUCAGUUUGCAGUCUUCAUACAGGUUUUCGUCAUUACCUUCUCUUCCAAAGGAUAUUGACUUUGCUGAGCUGAAAAAAGAGCUAGAUAAAGAUGGUGUGACGCUGAUUGAUGUUCGCCUCCCAAAGGAACUGUAUGAAAAUGGAAUGGUCCCAAAAUCAAAGAACAUAUUUUUACAAGCAUUAGGAGUAAGUAUCCUGCUCCCAGAAGAAGACUUUACUGACAGAUUUGGGUUCGAGAAACCUGACGUUGAGGAACCUAUCGUUGUAAUGUGUCUGGGUGGUAUUCGUGCAAGGACGGCUCAGCUGGCUAUGAUAGGAGCUGGCUAUAAAAAUGUUAGGGUUUAUGUAGGUUCAUAUGAGGAUUGGCUUGAAAAUGGUGGCCCUGUAGUGUACCCUGAAGUGUAGCAAAUGCUUAUGUGUUCUCUUGUUCAGGGAGUUAUUUUUUAAUGCCUAAAUGCAUUUGUAAAGUUUAUAGAAAUGUGUAGAAAUAUAUAUUGUUAAUUUCUUU